UAAGUAAACAACACUGUUUGGGUCUUUUUUUUUCGAAAGAAAGAAGGUGGUGAAACGCGUUACGCCUCUUAAAAAUGAAUGAAGGACGACGAUUCAUUGCAGAAGUGAAAAAGCACGAAUGCUUAUGGCAAACGUCGCAUGUAGCGUAUGGCGAUAAAGAUGUUAAAACUAAAGCAUGGCAGCAGGUAUUAGAAACAUUAUACCCUGAAUGGGAUACGUUACCCAUUGAAGAUAAAAUGAAUAAAGGAAAUGAUGUACAACGUAGAUGGAAAAAUAUUCGUGAUAGUUUCAAAAAAGAAUUAAACAAACAACAGCAAGCCAGUAAAAGAAAUAUAGAGAAACGGAAGAAAUAUAAAUACUUUGAUGAUUUACUAUUUCUUAUUCCACAAUCAGCAGCUUCUGAAAAAUCAGUACAAACAACAUUACUAAUCAAACAGGUAUAUAAUGUGGACGAAAGUGACGAAUGUGAUUCUAAUGAUACACAACCACCAAUAAAACAAAUGCAUCGCGAAAGGGAAGGAAUAUCAACACCUAAUGAUUGCGUGGACACUAAUAAUAUAGCCCCAUCUUCGUCGUGCGAAAGUAAUCAAAAAACUGAAUCAUUUGAAAAAAUCCUUAUAGAUUUUUUUCUUUUUUUGGGGGGGGAGUAG